UGACUUAGAAAUGCAGUACGCAUCAGUAAAAGGUUGUUGACCCGACUUUGACCCCAACUGUCGACAGCCCCCCAAGGGACGGUAUAGUCGUAGCUGUAAAUGCACAUACAACUCCUGCUUAACUAAGUUUUACCCAAAUUGCUGCAAAUGUGUGCUUUGUAAAGGCUCUAGACUGAAGCAUUGGGCAUGGCGAAGGGUACACGCGCGCUGAGACGCGCUCUGGAACAUUCUGGUGUAUAGAGUAGUCACGAAGCCGUUAUCACGGUGUGGCAUACAUGUUCAAGCGAUCUGGCGGGCCCUCCGGCUCGUCGCCUGCCACCUUGCACACCGCGGCCCAGCCGGUAGGCCAUAUUGGCAUCAGUACGGCUGCAGCAAACCAAGGGGUUCCUGAUAGCCCGUUGCCACCGUCUACUGGCGCUUACCCGCUGGGGCCUCAGCACCGUGGCAUCCCCAGCCAUGUCAGUCCAUCGAGGCCACAGCAAGUGGAACACCAGUCGCACACCGCUGUCCCUGGCAACAACGCAGGAGCCAGAUUCCCAAACAAUCCUUACCCGGCACCAUACCAACAGCAGCUGAUGACGGGAGCCACGCCUGCUGGGUUCCAACAGCAACAUGACAGUCCUGGCAGUGCACUCCAGCAACAGUACUCUCAGCGGCUGCAACAACAGCAACCACCACACCAGCAGCAACGCAACCCACACGGGCAAAGCUUAGCGACUUCGCCUCCACAGCAACCUCAACCCUUGGUCCCCUUGCAGCCCUUCCUGCAACAUCAGCAGCAACAACAGCAGUAUCCACAGCCACAGGCGCCUCGUCCCAACCUGCAGCAGCAGCAACGACAGCCGCCCUUGGUGCCGCCAGCGCUGCCGCAGCAGCCACCCUUCCCAGCGCACCCCCAUCGCACCCCAGCCAUGCGGCAGCAACACCCCCACCAGGACUACCAACCCCACCAACAGCAGCAGCAGUGGCAGCAACCCCAGCCCAUCCAGCCGCCCUCUCAACAGCAGCAACACCAACCACUCCAACCGUUACAACCGCUGCAGCAUCUCCGACAACUGCCACCGCCCCCACCGCAACCACCAUACCAACACCACCAGCAACACCCCCCAGCGCCUUUGGUGCAUUUGACUCCCCUGCUGCCACCACCAUCACCAUUACCUCCACCAACCGCCACCACAACCACCACCACCAACCCCUCCUCGCCCCCACCACACCACACGGGUUUCACACCCUCCCAACAUCUUUCCCCUCCUCCUCCUCCGCCUCCCCCACCGAGCGCUCCCUCUGCCUCCCCGCUGCUGCGAGAGGUGGUUUCGGAGGGACGGCUCUACAUCCUGGACACCUCCAGCCAGCUGGUGUACCGUGACAGUGCGGAGGCGGGCCUGCUGGAGCGAGUGGGCAAGUGGGUGCAGGGCUCCAUCGUGUUCCUGCCGCUGCUGCGCGAGACCUCCUUCUUCUCCUCGCUGCGCUCCUUCCUGUCUCGCCGCCAGCUGGGGCUGGCCGAGCUGUUCGCGGCGCUGGAUGCGGACCUGGACGGCGGGCUGGGGCCGGGGGAGCUGCGGGCGCUGCUGGCGCAUGUGGUGCCGGGGGCGGCGCCGUCGGAGGCGGCGCUGUUGAUGGCGCUGCUUGACUGGGACGACGACGGCUACGUGAGCCUGGGCGACCUGCUGGAUGCCGACGAGCUGGCGGAGGAGGUGGCGGAGGCGCGGGGGGAGGGCGCGGACAGCCCCUGGGCGAGGGUGCUGCAGGACACCUCCUACAUCCUGCACAUGCAGCGCAACCACGCGGCCACCGUGUUCCAAACCCUCGCCUUGGAGGCAGCUGCGGCGGCGGCGCUAGCGGCGUCUGACGCUGGUUGCGGCGGAGUCGGGGGCGCUGCCCUGCUACCCAGCGGCGGCGAAGCCGGAGGCGGCGGUGGCGGCUAUGCGGCAGGAGGGGCGCUCUCCUCCUCUCCUGCUGCGGGGCCCUCUCCGACGCUGCUGCUGGAGCCCGCCCAGCUGUUCCGCUUCCUGCGCAUCAUGCGACCCGAGUUGGGACCCGGGGAGGCGAGAUACGUGCUGGAUCACCUGCUGCAAGGCCCCGGUGACAGCCGCCGCAGCCUGGCUCAGGUGCUGCACAUGCUGCACCUGGCUGACGUGGCGUACACAUCCGACCGACAGCAGCAGCAGCUGGACAGGCAGCAGGGUGCCAGUUCUGGUGCAACCACUUCCGGUGAUGCCACCACCGGUGCAGCGGCGACAGCGGCGGCGGAAGCGGAACUCAACAACGGUAGCAGUGGAAGCAACACCUCCCACCGGCGUCGGCCUGCUGGCGGCGCGCAGGGGUUAAUGACGCGUCAGAAGCAGAAGCAGCAGCAGCGGCCGCCUCCGCUGGGCCCCAGCCGGCUAAGGCGGCAGGGCGGCAACCCGAGGGACAGCGUGCCGCGGUUUUUCUACCACCUGGGCUACUACCUUCGCUCCUGCCGGCUGGGUCUCCGGGAGCUGCUGGAGAGGUUCGACAGCGACGGCGACGGCGGGCUGGACCCCUUGGAUGUGAGGCGGCUGGCGGCAGAGGUGCUGCAGCAGCAGCAGGCGGCGACAGCAGCAGCGGGAGGGGCAGCGGAAGGAGGGCUGCUGGGCAGUGCGGCGAUAGUGUACAUCAGGGCCGCCCUGAGCUCCUCCUCCGCUGCGCUGGUGACCCUGGAGGACCUGACCAGGGCUGUGGAGGUGCACAACGCAGAGGUCUCCGCGGGGCGACAAGACGCCGCUGCAGCCGCCGCCGGCCUGCCUCCCAGCAGCCCCAUGGCAGCCCUCUACCUCUCCCAACCUGCUAUGCCUGCUGCUUCCUCGGCCUCCACUGCCGCUACAGCCCCCGGCGGCGCUGAGGGGAGCGUACGGCAGCGCCCGCAGCAGCAGCAGCAGUACCCGGCGGCUGACGUGCUCAAAUGGAUGACGGACUACAUGGCACGUCGCAAGGUCCCUCUUGCCUCCCUGCUAGCUCAGUUUGACCGCGACGGCGACGGCGCUCUGAGCCCGCCCGAGGCCGCCCGCCUGCUGCGCUUCCUGGCAGCCGGUCGGCUGGGGCAGCGGCAGCGGGAGCUCGACACCGCGCUCGCGAGGUUCCGGGCGGAUGCUGACGUGGAUCGAGAUGGGUUGCUGUCGUACAAUGACUUGCGGCUAGCUAUUAUGGCACGGCGGGACAGUCUGGCACGAAGCAACCUAGCGACCCGUGGGUCGCCCGGCACCAAUGCCGCCGCUGCGGCCGUAUCAGCCGCAGCAGCCGCGCAAGCGGCCGCUACAGCUGCCGUACUGCUGGGGCCGAUGGAACCAGCUCCGCCAGCCACAAUGAGACGACAGCAGUACGGAAACCCUGACGUCAGCGGAAACGCUAACACGCUUCCUCAGGUAGCGCCGGCAGCAGCAGCGGCGGCGGCGGCGGCGGCGGCGGUUCACAAGGCUCAGACGGACAGAUCCCCAUCGCCCCCAUCGGGACGUCGACGUGUCGUACACUUUGCAACGCCGUCUUCUGGAGCCUCCCCGGCGGCAACUGCGCCAGCGGCGCUGGUCGCGGGCCUAACGCCCGGUACGGCAGCAGCCGAGUACGACAUCACACCAUUCACUCCCGCGCGCCCGACCGACCCACGGGACCCUUUCACGCUCGCUUUCGCAGCGCAGCAUCCGAGCGCAUCUGCUUUACCGUACUCAACGGUUGCUGUGUUCCCUUCACAACCGCCUCCGCCACCUCAUCCGGGGCUUGCAGAUGGGGAUGGAGUGCUGGCGGGGCUGGGUCCAAACGGAGGACCCAUGGGUCACUUUGGAGACGGCAGCACUGGCGGCGGCGGCGUCGGUGGUUACGGCGGCGCCAUGACGAUGGAGGACUUGCCCCUGGAGGAGGUGCCGGAGCUAGAUGUCACGCUCCGGGCGGUGGAGUACUUGGGUAACCGGUUGCUGGUUGACCCCGUGUGCGGCCUCGCAUUCCUGCCACUGCCAAGGGGCCAGCAGCCUCAGCUGCAGCAGCCGUCGCAGCCGCCGGAGGAAGCGGAGGAGGAGUUGCAUUUGCUUGGCAGACUCCUCCCCAACGGCACGCUAGAGCGUGUGGAAACCCCCCUGGCUGCGCGGCUCUUCGCAGCUCUGGACGCCCGCUUGCGGUACACGCAGUGCCGGCUGGAGGACCUCUGGACUGCAUGCGUGGCGGGUGACGGUGGAAACAUCAACACCACCACCUCACGACUGACGCAGCAGCAGCAGCAGCAACAAUACCCGCAGUACCAACAGCAGCAACUGCCGGCACCACCGCCGCCUCGAGCAGAUGCCGUCGGGCUGGCUCGGUUCCUGCGUCCACUGCUGCCGGAGCUAACGGAACCGCAGCUGACCUACCUGCGACUGCUGUUUGACUUGGACGGAGACGGGCGGGUUGCGCCGGAUGAUCUGGUGAUGGCGUUUGAGGAGAUUGGGAGCAUGACGGAUACACCCGCGAAUAAGCUGCACGCCCAAGCCUACAAGCUGCUCGCCCGUGUGGCUGGCGUGGUGCUGGGGGACUACGAGGAGAGCUACCGAGUGUUCGAGCGCUACAGCCGCCUCGCAGCGGCGGGGACGCAAGCCGGUGGGGCAGCAGCAGCAGCAGGGGCAGGGGCAGGGGCAGGACCGCGGUACGACACUGCACGACAGAAGCAGCAACAGCCGCAGCGGCAGGCGGAGUUGACGCUUCCUGAGCUCGCCAGGUUCAUCAGCCAUCUGACCCUCCAUCAAGCCACCCCAGAAGACCUCGGUGCUCUCGUCGUCUAUCUAAACACCAAACUAGCAGCCGCUGACGGCGCCGCUGGGCCCUCCGCACGACCCGUACCCGGCCAACCGUACGGCAACAACCAGCCGUCGUACGACAACAAACCGCCAGGGCAACUGCCGCCGUCUCGUUUCGAUUGGCCUUUCAUAGUGGGGGUGCUACGAGGUGUGGAGGUGUCGCUGCCAGUGGAACGCCGCCGCCGUACGACAACCAGUCCCCGGAGCCAUGGAGGAGGAGGCGGCGGCGCCGUCAGCGGCAGCAGUCGUGGUACCCGGGAGGGGCAAUCGCCGCUGCCGCAUGUGACGACGGCGAUGUCACCAGCACCCCCGAUGGAAGCGCCAUCCGUGACGAUGCCGACAGCGAAGUACGACGGUUUAGGCGGCGGUCCGUAUGCCGUACAAGGGCCAAGGAUGGACGGCAUGGCUGGGGCGAUGGCGAUGCCUCCCGGAUGGCCGGCUGUGCAGACGACUCAAGGUGGUGGUGGUGGUGCUGCUGCUGCAGCCAGCGGGGCUUACGAGGUGCAGGAAGAGGAGGAGCCAGGCGUGGAGGAAGCGGAGAUGGGGGGGCCAUGGGACAUGAUGGGCCUCCUAGCGAGACCCGCCCCGCUGCGCCCCGCCGCCCUCACGCUGCCCCCCGCGCCGCACCCCGACCGACGCCUCGUGGACUUACGCUUCCACGUGCACACAGAUGGCCGUACAUUCCUGCUGGAUGACGUCACGGGGCUGCUGUACAAUGCCUCUCCGUACAUCCUCGCCGCCGCCGCCGCCGCUGCCGAGGCCGCCGCCGGCGCCACGGCAUCCCAGCAGCCCCAACAGAGACCGUUGUUGCUGCUGCCGUAUCCGGAGUUGGCGGGGAAACUGCAACACCCGGACAACCGGUUGCUACCCGCCCAGAGCGGAAGCGGGGUGGCACUGGUGUGUACGGCGCUGGGACGGCUAGCUGCGGAGGAGCAGCGGGUGGGGGCGCUGUUUCGAAUCCUGGACAGGGAUGGCGGUGGUCUGACCCAUGGGUCGCUUCAGCAGCUGAUAGCAGGCACUGCCUCCCUCACGGCUGCCGAGAUUGCCUUCGCUCGGGCGCUGCUAGACCGUUCGGGCAGCGGGCGGGUGACGUGGGCCGACAUAGCGGAGGCAGCGCAGGUGGUCCGUUACACCACCACAACCACCGCGGCCGCUGCUGCUGCGGCUCCGAGCGGCGGCAGGGGCGGUCGGUCGGGUCUGGCGCCCCCCGUGACGCUGACGCUGAGUCGUGGAGAGGCGCGUGCGCUGGACGUGUUGCACCGGGCGGCGCAGGCGGUGCAUCGGGAGGGGCGGUUGCUGUGGCUGCUGGUGCAGAAGGCGGGAGCCAUGGGGACCGGCCAGCUGGACCAUUCCACCGCGGCUUCCAUGCUACGGGAGCUGCUAUCGCCGUACCUGCUGCCGUACGAAAGCGCAAUCGUUGUGUCGUACAUCGCCAUGAUGACGCCCGACAAGGACGGUAACAUCUCCGCAGAUGAGCUGCUACAGCUGCUACGAGUGCUGCCCAUGCGGCUACGCUUGCCGUACACAGACGCUGCUGCUGCCGUACAGCACGCAGCGGGGGAGCUGGUGGCUGUUGGUCGUGAGGUAGUCUUCGCUGCUGGGUUUGGAGGUCCCGUAUCCGCGAAUGGAACAUUGCCGCCGAUCCACCCGUCUGUUCAUGGCGGCGUGGGUGGCGGCGGCGGCGGUGCUGCCGCUGCAGGCCUGUCGUACCAGCGUCAGUUCCGCUACCCGACAGGCCCAGCAAACGCUCAGUCUGAACCCUUGUACGGUCCCAUUGACGGAGCGCAGCCGUACGAUCCUAAUUUGCCGUACGAUGAUCCCGGCUGGAGUGAGGAACUGUACGGUAGGGAAGCCAGCGGCGCUGCGGGGCCCAGGCGAGCGUCGCCGCCGCGUCAACACGCCAGCAAUGCAACAACGGUGAGUCCUGGAAGAUCCAUGGGUCAGCCUGGAGGGAGAACUCGUCGACCCUCACCCUCGCACGGUCCAGGAUCACGACAGUUUGCGGCAGCAGCAGAUCAGCAACACGAGCAGGAAGUCGCCGGCAUGUACGGCAUUGGCGGCGGCGGCACCGUUGAAAGCGGUUUGUACGACGACGAUUACCCUGAACUGUACGGCGCCGUUGCACCACAGGCCAGCCCGACGCUUAAGAAGUCCCCGCCACCGGCAUUGCCGCCACCGCCACCGCCGAGGCAGUCGCCCUCACCGCCGCGGCAGCAACCUAGGGGCCCUAGCCGGUUCGCCCCGCCUGCCGACGUGCGCGGUUACGAUGGCCGCGAUGCUGGCAGGGAUCCCUAUCUGCUAGACGCCCGGGCGGUUGCAGAGGCGGAGGAGACGGGCUUUGGGUUGGACAAGAUACGCGGCACCAGGCCAACGGCGCCGUUACCUCGGCGUAUGGAAGAUGAGCCAGCAGGGACUGAGGGCGGUUACGGGCUCAUGUCGGAUCUGCAACCCGCGCCAGCCCGCGAACCCGAUAGCCUGAUGCGGCGCCGUCGUCUUGAAGAUGACCGAGGGUUCGAUAUCCAGCCGCCGCCGCUGUUGCCGGACCGGCGACCAUCUCCGCCACGAGGCCUUCGUGGCGACGGCGGCGGCGCUGCCAGCGAGAGCGGCGGCGGCGGCUUUAACCCGUACGAUUUGGAUGAGUCAGUGACGCACGAGGACCGGCCUGCCGCACUGCUUUCCUCGCCUGCCGUGGGCGGCGGCAGACCGGCAGAGGUACUGAGCUUCCUGGACCAAGACGGCAUCAGCAGCCACCACACAGCUGCGAGCGGGAGCAGCGGCGGCGGCGCUGCGGCCGCGGGUUCCAUGUACGACGGGCCAUACGGCUUGAGUGAUCCACGUCAUGAAGAAGGCCACGUGGACGAUGAUGACAUGGUCAUGGCGGGAUCGGUUCCGCCGUCGCGGCCGACGACUGCGGCGACGUUACUAAGUCGCAGCAGCGCAGCCGACAUGCCGCGUCUUGCCUCGCCACUGCUAGAUCCGCCUCCAUUCGCGGAUUUGCCGCCGCAGCCGUCGCCGUCGCCGCCAGAGCUGUUACAGUCACAGUCAUCACAAUCUCAGUCGCAAUCAAGACCUGGGUCCGCCCGGCCUCCCACGGCGUCUCGGCUAUCAAGUGCAAGCUACGGUCCUGGUGGUGGUGUCGGCGGCAGCGGCGGGUACGGCGAUGUGGGUUACGAACCGUACAGUGAGGAAGCUGACAGCCCGGCUGCUUCGCGUACCAGUCAACACCUACGACGCAGCGGCAUGGGAGGGGUCCCUGUUGCUGCUGAUGCAAGCGCCAGCGGUCCGGCGCUGUUCACAUCCUUUGGAGACGCCCUACGGGACAACCCUAGCAGCGGUCCUGCUGCCGUCGCCGCUGCCGCGGCAGCAUCAGCAGGCAGGCGCAGCAGCGGCGGCAGCCAGCAGGAGUAUGGAUUGGGGGCCGAGACGAGUGAGGACGGCGGCGUGGGGUUGUUGCUGCCGCCGCCAUCGUUCCGUCCGGCUGCCUCCCUGGUGGCUAAGAGCCGCCUAUCAAAGUCCAGUGGACGGUCUCCGCUGAUGCAGAGGGACGAUGGUGAGGAGCUGGGAGAUAGAGCUGCUCCUGCUUCUGCUGGUGAUGAUGAUGAUGCCUACGACCCGUACGAAGAUAACGGAGGCGGCGGUGGCGGCAGCCAGCAAGCUAGCUCGACGCCUCGGCAGGUGGGCGGCGCCGCCAGCGCCAACACCGGUGCUGUCGGCAACCCAGGCGGCGGCGGCAGCGGGAUACUCAAUGCAAGUAUUCGCUCGCAGAUGUCGCCCACGGAUCGGCUGGCGGGGAGCCGCCGGGGCUGGCAUCCAGCAUUCGUACGGCCUGGAUGCUGAGGGUUCGGAGCACGAUGCGAUGAAGCCCAAGACGACAGCGGCGGCGCAAGGGCACAGCGGCAGCGGCGGGCUGGAGCGAAAGGACACGUCCACACGCCAUGCUGACGGCGAUGGAGAUGGAGGCGUACUAGAUUACGACGACGCUGACUUGGUCGGUGGUGAUGAGAUUGACUAUGGUAUUGGAGCGGAUGGCGAGGGGGACGACUUCUAAGCUGCCGGAAUGCAGUCUUCUCUGGAGCGUGCAUGUCAAUUUGCAUGGCGGUUGAGUUGGGCUCUUGCUUGACUUGUGUGUUGGAAAGGCCACAGGCGGGCAAGACCUGGCGGGAAUGCAUUAUCAUCUGGACGG